GCAGGGCGUAAAACCCCAAUCUCAUGUCUCUGAAACGCUAUUGGCCACAUUCCUGAUUGCGUGACGAACACGGAAGUUAGGUGUGUUUUUGACGUGAUGUGAACAAAAUGAUCGGAGAUCUGUUGAUAUUCGGGACCUUACUGGUGAAUGCAGGGGCCGUGCUGAACUUCAAGCUCAAAAGAAAAGAGUCCCAAGGAUUUGGAGAUGAUUCCAAAUCACCGACAACAGGUGACAACAUCAGAGAGUUUCUGCUCAGCCUGCGAUACUUUAGGAUCUUCAUCGCUCUGUGGAACAUCUUCAUGAUGUUCUGCAUGGUCGUAUUGUUUGGGUCAUGAUCAACGUUUUUGGCGACUGGACUUUCAUCAUGAUGCUGUUUCCAAGUUUGAUACUAUAACCUUUUCCUUAAUUAGUUUGUUGUUCUAUUUGUCACUUUAACUGUAAUUAUUCUCUAUUUUCUUCACAACCCCAAAUCAUAAGUCUGCUUCCGGCUGUACAGGAAUUUAUGGAUCGCUGUAUUUAUUUUGUCUUACAGAAGUUGUUACAUUUGUACACUUUGCUUUUAAGCUGUAACUGCACCAACACCCUUGUCUUUGCUGAAUAAAUGUUGUUGUGUGCCCCUGGGCUUCAUUAUAAAACAUGAGAUCAUAUCCAG